CUGGCCACCAGAGCCCCUCUCACAGUAGUCCCUCAUCGUCUGGCCCUCCCUCUUUCCACCUGAUCGGCCCCUUGCAAUGCGUCUCUCAUUUGUCUCGUCUGCUGUGGAUGCCUUGCGUGCUAUGGUGCCCCGGAGCGCGGCGUCUCUUAGCGCGGAGUUUGAACUCGGGUGGAUAGUUGUUCCAAAGCAGGCGGCAUUGGUGUAGGUUUCUGAUCGCUACUAGUCGGGAACUGGUGAACCUGUGUGCGAUUUGGCGGUUGUAGAGGUCCCGAGCAGGCUGGGUGUGAGUUGGGUGCUGUUGCGAAUGAACCAGGUGUAGUCUGACUUGCAGGCACACAAGUGUGUGUAUGCAGUGGCCCGGUGUUGAUUGCUGGAAGGUUACCGUGGUGGUUUAGAGAGGUUUCCGCUACAGUUUGUACUGAUCAAAGGGUUUUUCGAGAUAUCGAACGGUUUUUGUGUGUGGUACCAGUGGAAAUUAUGGCGGGGAAUUACUUCUACGACCCUCGUCCUUUCUACGGGAUGAACAACUAUAACUUGGUGCCUUUGGAUGAGGUAUUUUAUGGGAGGGAUCCCUGGUUUAUGCAGCAGCAGAGGCCUUACGGUUACUACGAGGAUCCGCGCCCUCGUAGCAGGUCCGUAGAGCAUCGGAGACCUGGGGAGUACAUUCACAGCGCAGAUCAAUUUCGAGAAUACAGGAGACCAGACAUGCGAGAUGACACGUACACUAAUUACCACCAAGGGUACGAUAACCGUCAACAGAAUGGGAGGGGAAACGAAAUGCACGGAAACAAAGGGCAGAAGAACUCCAAUGGUGGAGGGAAAAACGGCAACCAUGACAACAACUCGAUGCACCACAAGAAGAAUCAGCAUCACGGAAGCGACGACGAGGAUUCUGACGGUCAAUCUGGCAAGAAGAACAAGGAUAACCACAACCACAAUGCGAAAACCGUAACCUGGUCGGACAACCAGGGGUUCCAUGGUAACCGAGGUCAUGGGCAUCAUCGCCGCCACAAGUCUCCAUCCCUGAAGGAUGUCGUGCUGAGGAAACUAGGGCUGAAAGAUGAUAGGUCUGACAGUGACGAGGACUAUGGAAUUCGGAAGAAGAGCAGCAGCAAAGGAGGGCACGGUCACCACAAAGGCGGCCACAAGGGGGAGUUGUUAAGACCCUACACUGUCAAUUUUGGUGAUCAGUUCCACGGGGGAGGUUUUCAGAAGCAAUACCACUUGGAAGAUUCCAACUCUCAUGGCAAGAAGGGUGGUGGAGUAGGACAGGUGCAAGGCAUCUUGAAGAAGAGCAAGAAUGACGACGGCCGUGGUUCUGACGAUGAAAACCAUGGGCACAAGAAUCAAGGGGGUGGUAAAGGCGGUAAUCACCACGACGGAGGCCAUGAUUCUGGGAAGAAGAACGGACAGUCGAAUCAGCAGAAGCAAUUUGGACGCUCCCAGUCUAUGGAUUUCCGGGUUCGUCUGUGCUGUGACAAUUGCGAAAGAAAAGUGCGACACGCUCUUAGGAACGUGGAUGAUAUAGACCACGUGAUGUGCGACCAAUAUAACAACAGGGUGAUGGUAGUGGGAAACGCAAAACUGGAGCAUGUACUGAAGAGAUUGAGAAAGGUGAAGAAGGAGACGCAGCUGUGGCAGCCAUACAAGUGAACCAUCGUCUCUCAUUCAUCGGACAUUAAACAAAAAGAAUACAAGUCCCACAUCUGCUUCUGAACGAUCAAGCGAAGAAGAUCGACCGCGACGAAGGGGUAGUAUCGUCUGUAAAAAAAUCCCCAACAGUCUGUCUGAUUACUUCAUUUUCGGCUCAGACUCUCUACUGUCGUCAGGAAAACGCGAUAACUCGAGCGGGAUGGAAGAGAUCUUUCUUCUGUAGUUCCGGUGGUGGUAGCACCACAGCUGUGACGCCCAGCCCCAUCUUCAUGGUUCCCGUGCUCAGGAAUGAGAUACCCUAGGGCUCCAGAUUCUGACCCUCAACAUGGGGUCCCUGCCACCCUUGUUACAUGGAGAUCAGAGACUUGUCCGCAACACUUGAAUAGCUGCUAGAGAAUCGCUCCACAGUUUUCGAGUCUUGUUGUCACUGUGCUUCCUCUACAGUGCUCUCGCUCUCUCUCGCUAUCUAUCUCUCUCUCUCUCUCUCUCUUUUAUAUAUUUAUAUAGAGAAUUAGCGUCGCCUGCUGGCGGCUGGUCAUAACUAGUGCCCACCGUCUCCAUCGACGCGUCUGGCACGUUACCGUAACGAUAAGUUUCAACGCUUUGUGUCCAGUAACAAUAGUGCCGAGCGAUGUCCAGUCAUUAUUUUCCCUCUAGAGCCCCUUGUUUAUGAGAUUCUGAGUUUUGAUGCUUCGGCGAGGAUAAUUCCUUUCACUUAUCAGAUUAUUUCUUUGACACAUUUGAGUUUGUAACUGGAUAGGUUAUUCUUGCAUUGUUUGAAAGUA